GGUGGCUUUUUUUUUUUUAGCCUGGGAUAGGCUACCUACUAAAGCUUAUCUUCUUCAUUGUGGUAUGCUUACUUCACCUCAGCAGUUCUGCGACUUAUGUCCUAAUGUCAUUGAAGAUUCAACUUAUGUUGUUCUGCAUUGUUCUGUUGCUUGUCCUACUUAGAAUUAUUUGUACCAUAUGGGUAAUGUGUCCUUCUAUGCAAGAUUUGCUUAUUUAUAUGUUCGAUCCAUUUAUUUAUAAGACUUAUAAGUUUUAGCAUGCCCAUAAUGACAGACCAUUUAACCAAUCUCCUUCUGAUCCAAGGCAGCUAGUUAGGAAUGCUCUUGUCAUGUCUACCUUGAAUAUUCCGAAUAGGCACUGGGGUAGUUAUCAACUUUCUCCUAUUCCUAGAUUACCUCCCUUUGGAACGAUUGAGAUUAAUUUUGGUGCUUCCAUCUUUCCUAAUAAAGCAGCUGUUGACUAUAUUAUAAGUGAUUAUAUUGCAAUAUUACUUCAAGCGGGAGGUGAUUCUGCUUCUGUGGUCUCUUGGAUUAAUGCUUCUCAUUUGCAUAAGUAUAGCCACUUUCCUUUCCUUCAAGACAUCAGUGCUUGGAAAUCUUCUUGCUCUUCCUUUAAGGUAUGUUAUACUUUCCGAGAGGCGAAUCAGGUUGCUGAUUUCUGACAAAUAAAGCCUUGCAAGGUGAUUUGAAAUUUACUUAUUGAUCCUAUUGAUUCACACUGCUGAUAUCUUCUUAAUGCAGAUGGAUAUAAUUGUCAGUUUUUAUACUACUAACUUCUUUGUUUAGGAUAUUGGUUAUAGAUUGCUAUAUAUCAGCUUUGCCCAUCAGCAUCUAGGGGUAUAAAAUGACUCAUAAUAGUCAACAGGCUUUUCCCUUAUCCGCUGCUGUUGGGUUUGUGUGUAUUCCUACUAUCAUCUUUCUUUAAGCUUUCUAGUCAUGGUUCACACGCUAUCUUUACUUGGAUCUUAUAAUCCUACAAUUUACUUUUUCCUGUUAAUGUAAUUUUGUUCUCCUGCUUUUUUGGCCUAUUUUUUGGUUGUUUCUUCCAGGCCUUCGUCUUUUGUAACUGUACAGACUUUAAUUUCAAUAAAUGAGCUCAUACACUCUUACCAAAAAAAAAAAACUUUGCUUUUAAAAUUGAGCAGACCGGGAUCAAUUGUUACCAGAGAAACGUGGUGAGACCUUCAAAUCCAUCGCUUAUUUCCGGUCUAGUUUAUAGCUACAGUGGUCCACAUGCAUCCACCCACGUGAUCCCUUUCCAAAAAAAUCAUGCUUCUCUCUUGACCGUUGGAGAAUUUGAAUUUCAAAUUCUUCCCCUUCCCUUCUCCAAUACAAUAAAGAACACAGUAGAGGGAGAGGAGGGUGGGGAUAGAGAGCAGAAAAGAGAAGAAAGAAAAGAUGAAGAAUGUGGCAUUGACUCCAACAUCGGCCUCAUCAUCAAGGGCAAGACCGGCCACUGGCCGAGACCGGUCGGAGGGCCGGAGCGACGGCUGCUACUUCCCCAGCUGCAGGAAGGACAUCAAUUGCCACUGCGAAAUCUGCCUCGCUAGUAUCAAUGCCACCCUUGACCUCAUCCCAUCCGGCAGCGCCAUCCAACAGAGCUCCCUCACCAAGUUCUCUGCCACAAAAUCCGUCCCCAAGAGACCCUUGCUGUUGUUCGACCCCGACACACCUCCGGCGACCCCCGAGUCCGGCUCCACCAUCACCAUUUCCAUGACGCCACUGAUCCAAUCCGCCGUGAAAUCUACGCCAUUGAAAAAGGCAGUCCUCAAGAAGGAGAGAUCUUGGGUUCUUGGGGACAGGGUAUUGAGGAUUCUUGGUGGUUUAUGCUUGUUGUCUGUGCUGGAUUCUGGGUUUCCAGCAGUUGUUUUAAAGGAUUUCAGUCCCAAAUUGACUGCAGAGAUCGUAAAGCAGGCAGCGGAGGAAUCUAGGGGUUUUUUGGGAGCCAGGGGGGGAUUGAAGGUUUUGCAGCAGAAGAUUGAGAGAGUGGUUGGUGAGAAAAUCUCUGAUUGUAGCUCUGAUGAUUCUAUUUGGGAAUUCAAGCAGGAAGGUCAGCUCUUCUUCCACUGGAAGUGUGUGAUAUAUAAAUCCAUAGCAGAAGAAGUGAGUGUGUGGGGAAGCCCCCUAAGGACCUCUGGGCUGCUCCCCACUGGGUCAAAUCCAAGAUCUCUAACUCUUCUCUCAGGAAGAAUCACAGAGUGGUCAGAAGGAAAGCUGAUUUCUACCCUGAGAACAAGCAACAGCAGCUCAUGGAGUUACAGGAAAUGGACUUUGGCAGCACUGCAAUUGGAUGCAGACACCUGGGUUUUGGAGUAUGACAGAAGUGCUCUUUUUGAGGGAUCUGGAUUGAUGUCGGCUGCAUGCGAGGUGUUGAGACUGCAAACCUCAAAGCUGGUGAAGAAGCUAAAGCAUAAGCCUUGGACGCUGUUGCUGCCCAAUGCUUUCCCUGGCUCUUAUUACCAGCGUCCAGAAGAAAGACACUUUGCAUACCCAACAUAAGGAAUUACUUUGAAGCUUUCUGGCCAUGUACUCUCCUAUACAUAUCUCAUCUCUUGUGAGAUUUUAUUUGUUUUUCCAUUGUUUUAAUUUUAGAACUUCUGUUGAAGUAGAAAACACUUAGGCUGUGGCGAGAAUUAUAAACUUUAAUGAUCAUAAUCACCAUGAAACAAAUAAAAGGAAA